AUGAUCCAUUCCUUAAAUUACAUAAAUCUCCAGUGUGUUCAGUUGUUGGAAUGGGCGCGAUGCGGAGACAACGUGCUGUCGGUAGUACCUACAAUACUAUGGGCAGUGGGAUCUGCUGCAUUUGCACAUCGCAUCGUCUCUUCGCUCUUCAAACGAUUCAUGUUUCGCCGGAUCCCACUCUGGGAAAUCAUUCUACAGCACCUCAUCUUCAUUUGGAUGGUUAUAUACAGUCUUCAUUUUUGGACAUUAGUGGUCAAAAUUAUUAAAAUUGUGGUGGAAUAUUACUACAGUGACGAACAAGUAGAGACUGUAACUCGUGAAGAGCUGGAAGGACGCAAGGUGAUGCAACAAUGGAUUAUCUGGCUGUGCGGGGCGACUCCACUAGCGCUAUUCUACCACACGAGGCCUAGACCUUCGUCGCCACCACUGAUGAUAUGGAUAACCACAAGUCCCUGGCAGCGGCGCGAGAUGGGUCCUUAUGGGUAUUAUUUACAUCGGCCACCCUCCUUGGAGACUCCUGCAAAUACGGUUCGGGAACAGGCUAUCGCGCUCCGAAAAGCCUACAGCGACUCUAGAACAAUCAUCAAAGAACCUCCCAGAAAGAGAAGAAACUCUAAAUCUGUGUAG